AUUUCAACGGGACCGCAAGAAACGACCGCGUAGGUCCGUGGCGGACGACUCGACAACGACGGGUGCCGAUGGGUCCAGUGCUAUCAGCACGGAUUAUUCCGCAGUAACGUCUUUCCGGAGAAGCACGUGUAUGACGUGUAGCGUGUAUGAGCACUGCCCACUUGGAGAGGACCGGAGGUGACCGAAAACAAGUGCUCUAAUUUGUGCCGCGCGUUCGUGUGCGUGUAUCGAAGUGGCCGCUGAGGCGUGUUGCGUCCCCGGCCGGAUCAGUUUGUGACUACCAACGGUAGGAGGUUGAAAGUAGCUUUUUUUCGCUAGUUUGGGAGACAGUGGCACAAGUUCAAGUUCAUGUCGUAAAACGGUUUCAAUUACGGGUUACGUUAUGGCAGUGUUCUAGUUCUGGAAACGAGGGGAGUUCACAGAAUUGUUGCGAAUCAAUUGUUGCAGAAAAUGAUAAACCGUAAUCUCACAUAGUUUUUUUUUGUUUGAUUAUAUGUAAAACGUGAGUCAAAACCAACUUCGAGAAACGGCUUCAGAGUGAAAUAAAUGGGGAGAAGGAACACCAUCGCAGCAGGGCUCGAUCAAAAUAAAGGAUAAUUGGAUUUAAUAAAUCAUCGUACAGCGAGUUUCCAGUUUUUUCCCCAAAUACCGCAGGAGGAGUGUCUUCAGCGGCGGUAGUUUUAUUUUGCUGUUUCAAAGUGGAUAUUUUGAUGUUUUGUUGAUUCUGUUGGUUAGCAGAUGUUCGCUACACCGCUCCUCGGUUUCCUGCAGCGAGAGUGAAUUUUUAGCUGACUCAGACCGGGGGUUCGUCGCUUGAUCGUAUUCGCCGAAAAGGGUGAUCAGGAAUUUCUCCAGCUGCAAACUGCAUGGUGAAGCAGUUACUGCCUAUAACUGAUACGCCCAGUGUGGGGAAGUGAUAAUCGCAAGUGGCAAGUGGAAGGAUUUUUUUUGCGAAAGAGAAGAAAUUAUUGCUCGGUGCAGGUGCUUGACUUGACCAGAAGAAGAAACGACUGAUACGAGGAUAGUGGUGCGUUGACCUAAAAGGUGGCAAGUGGAAUUUCGGAUCUUCUUUUUGGAGAAACGACGAUUGGUUCCCACGAUGAGGAGCUUGAGGUGGGCUCCUGGUGAGCUGCGAGAUUUUCUUCGGAUAUCUGUCCUUCUUACAGCAUGUUUGUUCCCUCUGGUAUCCCCUGCAAACGAAAUAUGGCCGGUAGAACGGCCAGAUGGUAUGCCACAGAUAACCGCCUUGGAAGUCAUGUGCGGAAAGGAUCACAUGGACGUACAUCUGUCCUUCUCGGCACCAUUUGAGGGCAUCGUCAGCUCUAAGGGUCAGCACAGCGACCCACGCUGCAUCUACGUUCCACCGUCGACCGGUAAGACGUUCUUCACGUUCCGGAUUUCGUACUCACGGUGCGGUACCAAGCCCGACCUAAAUGGACAGUUCUACGAAAAUACCGUGGUCGUGCAGUACGACAAGGAUCUACUGGAAGUGUGGGACGAAGCCAAACGGCUCCGGUGCGAGUGGUUCAACGAUUACGAAAAAACCGCCUCCAAACCUCCGAUGGUAAUUGCCGACCUUGAUGUGAUACAGCUUGAUUUCCGAGGUGACAAUGUUGAUUGUUGGAUGGAAAUUCAGCAGGGCAAGGGUCCAUGGGCUCCAGCCGUUAGCGGAAUCGUUCCACUGGGAUCCACGAUGACGUUGGUCGUGGCGAUCAACGACUUCCGUGGGGAGUUCGAUAUGAGAGUCAAGUCGUGUGUGGCAUCUGAUGGAGCCGGUCAUGUAAUCAAACUCAGUGAUGAGUAUGGCUGCGUUCUUCGACCGAAAAUGAUCUCACGAUUCUUAAAGGCGCGUGCUCCUGACGACAAAGCCUCGGUCAUCACUUACGCUUUCUUCCAUGCCUUCAAGUUCCCUGAUGCGUUGAGUGUUCAUAUCAAAUGCAAGGUCGAGAUUUGUCGGCACGGAUGUUUGGAUCACUGUCAACAUAGCGGAACCAACGGUGGGCCCGGAAAGUUGCACAGUUUACUUGAGCGGAAGGACACUUUAGACAGCCAUCAGAACAGCAACGACAUUUUGCAGGAGUCGGAUGAGGAGGAAGCUGCUUCAAGUAAUCAAGAUGUUUUCUACGAUGACAUUAUUCACACGGACAAGAAUGCCAAUCAUCCACCGCCACCACCACCUCUAGUGCCUAAGAAACCAAUCCUACAACCGAUUCAGAAGAAAAAGGACAGCGGUUAUCUGCAGUAUCACCAUCACAACCGAGACCCACUCGAUGAACUGGAACAACUCUUCCUCAACGAUCACUCGAUGAUGCCGGCUGAGAUGCUCAAGAAACAGCCACCACCACCACCAUCCCCUCAAAUGCAGCAUCAGCCACAGCCGCAGUCUCUCCAACAGAAGCAACUACACAAGUCGACCCCGGAAGAUGAGAAGUUCCCUCACGGUCCCCGACAGAUGGAUGCUGAAAAGCGAAUGGGUCUCCCAGCCGUUGCGGGACCUCGCGCUCUAAACCUAGACGCUGAAGAUGUGCGAAAUCCAUUGUAUGUCAACGAGGUGCCCAAGAAACGUGUCCGCCGGUCAAUCAAAAUAACCGAUCGGAAGAUUCGUUCAACGGACGUAGGCGUCAGCGGUAUUUACGACGUCAUUUCCGAAGCCGAUUUGGCAUUCAAUCCGGAUGGUAAACAGGAAGCUGUCACCGUCUUCCAGGGCAAAAUUACCGAAGAGGUCGUCUACGGAAUCUGCAUGCCAGUGCCAGGCUUCAGCAUCUUGUUCAUCCUGGUCAUUUCGGCCACGAUUAUCUCAGCAUUGAUCGCGGGGUCGCUCCUAUACCGGUAUCAACUCCAAAAGGAGAUCAUGGCUCAACAGGCCAGCGGAGUCACUCCCAAUCACCUUCCACCGAACAAUUUUGCCACCUGGAUGACGCUGAGACUUUUCCGAACUCGACAGCAGCACGCGGCGGCUGCUGCUGCCUCGAUGGCAGCCGGCGGAGUUCAUGGUUCCAUGGACAUAAACACAACGGCUCAGUGAGUCGAUACUUACGUACUCCGUAGAAUCUGUGACGGCAGAAUACGUCGAAUCUAUGACAGAACCCAUCUCUAUUUAUCAAAUCGAAAACGAAUUCAUAUUUCCCAUUUAAUGACACAUUCUUUUUCGGGUUUAUUGCAAUAUUUAUUUUACUUAUUAAAUACAAUAAUCGACGAGAAGGAACGAACUCACGCACAUAAUCUACACAAUCCACUCACACAAUUCUAGUUCGUAAGCUAGGACUAUGACAAAGGAACAACAAAAAUAGGACAAGUAUUGACAAGUUUUUCUCUUAUUUGUUUACGUUAAAUGCUAGGAAAACAUUGCUCAAAACGUCAGACCCCUUAGUGUAUGCAAUCGGCAAACUUGUAUAAGCUUGACGCAACAAACCACAAGGUGAAUACUGUUAGAAACGAUGCCCUCAAUGUAUCGUUAUUUGAAUGCGGUUUAGUUUGUUCCAGCAGGCAAAAACAAAGAUUACUCUAAAUGGAAUGCAUGAAAAGUAUAGCAAAACAUUAUGAUAGGUUCUAAUUUAUUGAAAAAAUAUAGGUUAGGUCAAACAUGAACAUGUUGACGGCAUGCCAGCAGAAAAACAAUGCUCAAUUGAUAAUUUUAAUGGUGAAAAUUAGUUUUGCAGUCGGAAAGAAAUUAACGAAGAAGCAAAAGUAUAAGAUAUUUAAUAUAUUUAAUGUGUUUUGUUUGUUCCACUAGUUGAUCGAUCUAUACGUGGCACGAACUCUGGAAACGGCCUCGAAAAAGUAAUCAACCACUGGAACAAUCCCUUUAUGGUAUGAUGUUAAGAACUGCGCUUUGUGUAGGUGAAGAUUUAUUCAGACGAAAGCAGCGCCUAGUUAAAUAUAGCAUAGCGAGGAAACUCUGUUAUCAAUAGUUGAAAGAAAUCACAGUAUUGUAUAAAAA